CACGGCCCUCAGGAGCCCGCAACGGGGAGCAGCCCCUGGAGGAGGGAGGAGGCAGAGAUGAGUGGUGACAAGGUCCGCUUCUGCACAGACAGCCAGAGUGUCUCCCUCUGCUCCCAAGGGCUGGACUCCGCGGCAGUGACUCCUGCAGCCUCCAAGAUGCCCCGGCGUUUGUGGGCCACCCUGGCCUUUGUGGCUGUGACCCUUGUCUCCUCUCUUGUGGCUCUCUUUGUUGUGGUUCUACAGAACCCAAGACCUGAACUGGAGGCCUCCUUCCAAAAGUUUCAAGCCAGGGUUCCUGGAGGCAGCAGUUCUGGGCAGUUUCCCGGGGAGCUGGACCGAAUGCCCCGCUGUGUAAUGGGCAUCUCUGGCUGCCUUCUCCAUUUCCUCUCUUCAGAUCCCUACCACCUUGACAGGGUAGCAGAAUUGCAAGAGGCUGUCCAGAUGUGCAGAGGACAUGUGGAGAAUUCCAGCGCCUGGAGCUUGGAGAUCCAGAUGUUGAUGUGCAGAGUGGACAAUGUCAGUUCUCAGAUCCAGAGCCUCGGGGGCCGCCUAGACAAUGCCAGUGCUGACAUCCAGAUGGUCAAAGGCCGCCUCAAGGAUGCCCACACCUGGAGUUUCCAGACCCAGAUGUUAAGGAGUUCCUUGGAGGGGACCAGUUCUGAGAUCCAGAAGCUAAAGGGAGACCUGGAAGAGGCAGAGGCUGUAAAUUCUCAGACCCAGAGUUUCUUAAAAAGCAGUUUAGGAAACACUAGCAUGGAGCUCCGUCUGUUAAGCAGAGGCUUAGAUGAUGUCGACACGGAGAUCCAGGUGUUGAAGGCCGGGUUGGAAACAGCAAAUGCUCAAAUCCUGUUGGCAAACAGUAACUUACAGAAUGCUAGUGCCCAAAUCCAUGUUUUGAGAGGCCAUCUGGACGGCAUUGAUGAUUUAAGGGCCCAGCAGCAGGAUUUUAGACGUGGUUUGGAAGGAGCCACUAGUGAGAUGCAGAGACUAAAGGAAAGUCUGCAAAACACAAACACUGUAAACUCCCAGACCCAGACCUUUAUAAAAGGCAGUUUAGACAACACCAGUGCUGAGAUCCAGGCACUAAGAAGUCAUUUGGAAAGGGCUGGCGAUGAGCUUCACUUGUUAAGAAGAGAUUUGGAAACAGCCACUGCCCAGACCCAAAGAGCAAACGGUCGCCUGGAACAAACAGAUGCUCAGGUGCAGGUUUUACAAACCCGGCUGGAAAAUGCCACUGCCUUAAAGCCUAAUAUUCAGGUAUUAAAUGGUCAGCUAAGGGAUGCCAGCCGAGAGAUAGAGACCCUAAAACAAGGCAUGAGGGAUGCUGCAGCCCUGAAUUCCAAGACCCAGAUGUUAGAGAGCCAGCUGCAGAAGGCCAGUGCUGAGAUACAGAAGUUAAAAGGGGAUUUAAAGAACACCAAGACACUGACUACGAAAAUCCAGGAGAUGCAGAGUAGCCUGGAGACCCUCCGUGCAGCCUCUGCUUCGCUGGAGCAGCAACAGAGGACCCGAAAUCAACUUCUCCAGCUGAUCCUGCAAGGCUGGAAGUCCUACAAUGGGAACUUGUAUUACUUUUCUCUUGCCGAGAAGUCUUGGCACGAUGCCGAGCAGUCCUGUGUGUCCCAGGGAGCCCACCUGGCCUCGGUGACCUCCGAGGAGGAGCAGGCAUUUCUGAUGCAGUUCACAAGUACCGCUUACCACUGGAUUGGCCUCACUGACUGGGGCACGGAGGGCCACUGGCGCUGGGCAGAUGACACACCAUUCAACAGCGCCAGGAGCAGUGCGUUUUGGGACCAGAAUCAGCCGGACAACUGGCGACACAGGAACGGGCUGACAGAAGACUGUGUCCAUGUUCAGAAGAAGUGGAAUGACAUGUACUGUUCCGCCCUCUACCACUGGGUCUGCAAGAAGCCCAUGGCCGGGGUGUAGCCUGAGGGCAGGCCCGAGCUGAGGGGUCACGGCAGCUGCCAGCUCUGGGUCCUUCUCCAGGACACCUUGGGACCCUCUGAACUCAGCUUGAUCUCUGGGGCCUUCCAUUGGGCUUUUGUUUUUCCUGACCUGUCCUUUUUUUUUUUUUUUAAAUCUUUCAAACACAUUUACCUCAUGCAACCCUGCACAAUCAACAAGUCCUCAAGGCCAGAGCCUUGUGCCACUGUAUCCCCCUCCGCAACCAGCCUGUCAAGACAGCAGGCC